UUUUCACAUCUCUAUGAACUGCGCUGUGUUUGGUCUCCUUUGCCCGAAAGUUUGUUUAUAUUCGCAAUUUAAAGUCCGCGCUUAAAGCUCCUUUUUUUAUUUUAAAUUGUGAUGACUGUGGCUAUUGCUGAAAUUGUGAUUGAAGAUUUGGGCAACUGCUGUCGCGUUUGUCUUGAGCAGCCGCAUCGCGCCCAGAUGCUGGACAUGAAUUUGAUAUAUGACGAGGAGGCACAGCUUACAUAUUACGAUUGCUAUGAGAUAUGUACGAAGGACAAUCUGCUGGAGUGCGGGGAGCAUGAGCCUCACAAAUUAUGUAAACACUGCGGUGUGGAGCUACAGUGGGCAUAUGAUUUCUACAAAAAGGUUGCGUUAGCAAACAAGCACCUUAAAACCAUGCAAAAUGCAGCCGCAAAGGUAGAGCACGCCGAACAGAUCGACACAGACAACAAGGAUAGCGAGGAACAUGUGCUGGCCAUAGAGUACGAUAAACAUUUAGUAGAAGAUUCGCAUAUGAUCGAAGAUACCUUAAGCGAUGUGGAGCUAGAGGAACAGGCUGCAGAACAAUCGGCCAGUGAGCCGGAAACUGUGAACACUGCCGCGAACAUAGCCUUCCGCAACGCUAAUGAUGUUAUUCCCCGCCAACGUUUCUUGGGCCCAUUUAGCUGCCAGUUCUGCAAGAAACCGUUUCGCAAUCAUUCGCACAUGCUGAAGCAUCAGCUCAUACAUCUCUCGGAUCGGCCGCAUUUCAAGUGCAACGCCUGCGAUCGCUUUUAUCUCACCAAACAGGCGCUCAAGGUGCAUGUGGAUACGCAGCACAAGAAGUCGGGCAGCGCCUGCACCAUCUGCGGCAAGGUAUUUGCCAUUGCCAAGGGUCUUGAAAUUCACAUGCGCUAUCACAACGGCUUCUUUCCCUUUGAUUGCGAUCAGUGCGAUCGCAAGUUUGCGCAACGCUCCCACCUGACUGUCCAUCAGCAGGUGCAGCACGGCAGCGCACGUUUUCUCUGCCAAUUUGCCAGUUGUGGCAAGCUGUUUACUUCAUCUUCUGCACUGCGCAAUCACGAAUGCACCCACACCGAGAUGCCAUUCGAGUGCAAUGUCUGUCAGCAAGGAUUUCCGGCUCGUUACAAACUGCGCCUGCACGCACAACGCAAACACAACAUGCAACUGACACUGGAGCAACUGGAGUCCAUGCGCAAAUUCCAUAUAAUGCGCUCUAAGCGUGUGCUGGCCAAGCUCAAGGUGCCACAGCAGCAGGGGGAGCAGCAGGGGGAGCAGCAGGAAGUGCAGGAGGAGCUUGAUGGCGCAACUAAUGACAGCUGAUUGCAUUUAUGCAACCUGGCGACGGCUCCUCCCCUGGUAGACAGGCAAACAUCAGAUAACUCUGUAGUUGCUUUAAGCUCUGAUUAAUGAUGGAUUUGGACUUUGUUGAAUGUUACAAAA